UCUAGGAAAGAAACUAUAUUACCCAGAAUCCAACGGAGUGGCGACGGCACCGCGAUCUGCGCAUGGAGACCAUGGCGUUAGUCCGGACCGUCUGACUGGGUGUUAUAGAAAUACGGUUAGAAUAACCGAUCCACACCCCUCGUCCGCAGCACGACACCCGGCUUCCGUGAAAGCUGAAAAUGGGGUCUCGGCUCAGGGAGAGCCCCCAGUCCACCUUCGAGGUCUAUGUGGAGGUGGGACACCCUGGAACCACUGGCUCAAGUCCCGAGGUGCGAAGGCGGUUCCCUGAGGACUCCGUCGAUCAGGAAACUCUCCAGACCCUCCCCAAGUUCUGCUUCCCCUUCAACAUGGACAGCCCGACCAUGACCCAGGUGGGCCAGAACUUCACCUUUGUGCUAACGGACAUCGAGAGCAAGCAGAGAUUUGGCUUCUGCCGCCUGUCUGCUGGGGCCCACAACUGCUUCUGCAUCCUCAGUUAUCUGCCGUGGUUUGAAGUCUUCUACAAGAUCCUGAAUAUUCUUGCAGACUACACUGUUAAAGGCCAGGAGAACCAAUGGAGGGAGCUGUUGGAAACGCUGCAUUCCCUCCCCAUCCCUGAGCCUGGAGUGCCCCUUCAUCUCAGUGUGCAUACCUACUUUACUGUGCCUGACCUCAGAGAGCUGCCCAGCAUCCCGGAGAAUAGGAACCUGACAGAGUACUUUGUGGCGGUUGAUGUGAAUAACAUGCUACACCUGUAUGCUAGCAUGCUGUACGAGCGCAGGAUCAUCAUCUCCUCCAGUAAACUCAGCACUCUAACGGCCUGUGUCCACGGCUCUGCGGCCAUGCUCUACCCCAUGUACUGGCAGCAUGUUUACAUUCCCGUCCUCCCUCAGCACCUUAUAGACUACUGCUGUGCCCCCAUGCCCUACCUUAUCGGAGUGCAUUCCAGCCUGAUGGAGAAGCUGAAGGGUGUAGCCCUGGAGGAUGUGGUCAUCCUAAAUGUUGACACCAACACCUUGGAGACACCCUUUGAUGACCUCCAAAGCCUUCCCAGUGAUGUGGUCUCCUCCCUGAAGAGCCGGCUGAAGAAGGUGUCCACCACCACAGGGGACGGCGUGGCCCGUGCAUUCCUCAAAGCGCAGGCCGCACUGUUCGGAAGCUACCGGAAUGCCCUGCACAUCGAACCGGAGGAGCCAAUCACCUUCAGCGAGGAGGCCUUUGUGACACACCGCUCCAGCUCCAUGAGGCAGUUCCUGCAGAACGCCAUCCAGCUGCAACUGUUCAAACAGUUCAUAGAUGGCCGGCUGGAGCUGCUGAACUCUGGGGAGGGCUUCAGCGACGUCUUUGAGGAAGAGAUCAACAUGGGGGAGUACGCUGGUGAGGCCCUAUAUGGUGUAAUCCAUGUCUGUGUCCCUCAGAAAGGCAGUGGUGCCAUUUUCAACACGGUGAAAACCAAGGCCAACCCAGCCAUGAAGACUGUCUACAAGUUCGCGAAAGAUCACGCAAAGAUGGGGAUCAAGGAGGUGAAGAGCCGGCUGAAGCAGAAGGAUCUGACGGAGAAUGGAUACGGCAAUGCUGCUGAGGACCUGCAGCCACGUGCAGCUGUGUCACCCUCUACUGACCGGAAGGAGUCCCGGACCUGGGAUGAGCGCCGGCCAAUCACUGUGCACUUUGGGCAGCCUGCACGAGUGCCACCCCCACGGCCCCCUCCUCCCAGGCUCCAGCGAGACCCCCGUCCCGCUCGCCCCCCCAGACCCCAAAUGGCAAAGAGACCCAGGAGCAACAUGGUGCUGGAUAGCUGCCGCCCCUCCAGCCCUGAGCACUCGGUCCGGCCAACACGUCACUACACUGUCUUCCUGUCUGAGGACUCCUCUGGUGAUGAGCGGCAGCCUGAAGAGGAAUCAGUCUGUGGUUUCCCGGACAGCUUCCUCUUCUCCGCCCCCUUCGAAUGGUCUCCCUUGCCACAGCCCUACAGGUCUCUAAAGGACUCGGACAUCCCAGAGGGGGAGGAGGGGCUGGGGGCAGAGCACCCCCAUGGCCACACAGCUCCACCCAGCCCAGUGGUGGAGAAGCUGAUGGAGGCGGACCUGCUGGGCGAUAUUUUUGCCAGCUUAGAAGGGAAGACUGAGGAGGAGCCACCGGGGCCGGCUAGGAGCCUGGAGGACCUCCGGAUAGCCAAGACCCCCGAGGAACCGGUUACCAAGUUUGGAUAUCAGCGUAUGGAUCUGGCUACAGCAGAAUACACCCGGACUCUCCCCAGCCUCAAACACACUCACCCCUACAGCAAGUUGUGGAGCCAGGGUCAGGACGACAUGGCACUGCCCAGUCGGGCCCCCCAGUGUUGGGAGAGGCCGCUUUCUGUGCCCCCACCGGAGCCAUCAGAGUCCCAUCCCGCCGUCCAGGAAAAGUCUGACAUAGCUGCCAUGCUCUCAGCCCAAACCAGCAUCACCAUUCCUCGCCCGCAUGGACGUAAGACCCCUGAACCUGGUAAGAUGCUGCCCCCCCCCUUGCCCCGUGCCCCUAGACUUGCGAACAUGGACUCUGGCAUGACGGCAGGGGGUCAGGAGUUCCGCCAGGCUCUCAACAUGUCGUCCCCCCCCCAGCUCCCUAGUGCUGACCUCCUGAAACCCGAGAAGGUGGGCAGUGACAGUUUGGACCUGUUGAGUCUCUUGGACCCUCUCAACAGCGCCACCCCGCAGGCACCUUCCGUGGGGAGCGAAGACUCCAAAGUAUCUGGGUCUCUUUUUGGCCCACCACAGGUGUUCCCCUCCACGCAUCCGCCCCCUAACCCCUUCACGCAGACGCCCCUCUACACGCCUGUGGGCCCAACCCCCCAAGCCUACUCCCCCGCUCCCAUGGGAAACCCUUUCUGCGCCCCCUAUGUUGCUGCCCCACCGGCCUUCUUCCAGCCACCCCCCUUCGCCGUCCCUGCAGUGCCGACCACCUUCACAUCCCCUCCCCCUGCCAUCGCACCAACCUUCCUGCACACUAUCCCUGCUAAGCCAGCCUACCCCCCAAGCCUGCUGAACUGCCCUCCAGGCCCCAUUCCCACCCCCCCGGCUUUGCCCCCCCAGUCUGAGGAAGACCCCCUGGACCCCUUUGGGGAUCUUCUGGCCAUGACGAAGCCUGCGGCCCCCCUGAAGCCGAGGGUAGAGGAUAUGCGGCAGCAGUGGGAGACGUUUGAUUAGCCCCCCCCUGCUGGACCCCUUAGCUGAUUAAUGAACUCUGAACAUCAGGGAAUGUGGACGUUUAGGAGGCAGUCCUGCCCUGCCCGCCCCUCCCAGGUGGCCGUGCUGCUGAGUUUCUGUGAUCAAGUCGCCUUUAUCCCUGCCCCCCAGAAAUCAGACUGAUGCGACUGCCAAUUCUUUGCCUCACUUACAUGCUGUGGUGUUAUUUGAUGUUCUUUCAACAGCUACGUUUCUUUGGGGUUUGUUCCCCUUGGCUGCAGGCGGCACGCUGAUUUGUGCUAGACUCACGUCAGUGUCCAGUUAGCCUUUGCUGGGCUCGCUUAGCAUCACGUUGGCCUCACCUUAACAUUGUGUUAGCUUGACUCUGGCCUUGUGUUUAGCAUCAUGUUGGCCUCAUCCUGGCCUCACCUUAACAUUGUGUUAGCCUCACAUUGGUCUUGUGUUUAGCAUCAUGAUGGCCUCACAUUGGCGUCACAUUAGCAUCGUACUGCUAGCUUUGCACUGCCCUCCCAGUAGCAUUGCAAUAGCCUCAUGUUAACAACGUGUUAGCCUCGUAUUAGCGCCGCUUUAGCCUUGUGUUGGCGUCAUGUUAACAUUGUGCUGCUAGCCUCGCGCUGCUAGCCUCAUGCUGGACUUGCAUUACCAUUCUGGCGGCUUCACUCUGGCCUCGCAAUCGCAUAUUGGCAACCUUGCACUGUCCUUCUGUUUUGCACCGCAUUGGCUUCACAUUAGCAUUAAGUUGGCCUCGCGUUAGCGCCCAGCAGCUGUGUCAGCGCGGGGGCUAAGCAGCCAGCUUGUACACUAAAGCCACUCUCACCAUGUGAAGAGCCCAGCCUUUAUUACUGUAGAUAUCUGCUUAAGGGUCAAGCUCCUUUUAUUUCUUUGACCAGUUCAAGUAAAGAGCAGAAUUUUAUGUGUUUGUUUUUUGAACCUAUUUUGCUGUAUUAUCAUCAAUUCUUGCAAGACCAGAGCAAGGUGGUAACAGUUUGACCAAACAUGUCCACAAUGAUGCAAGUGACCUUCGACUGGUAGUGGUGGUGGGGGGGGUCGCUUCCCUGUGACUCGGCAAGGUCACCCUACCUGUGACCCUGAGACUCUCAGCAGAACCUGUUGUGUAUUUGAGGGUGUAUCAUGUGACAAUCACCAUGUACGCUAUACUUUGUGUCAUUUUUCUAUAUAUACCAGCCUCAUUUCCUCCUGCCCACCUCCACCCACCUUUGAAACUCAUUGGCUGCUGGGGCUCUGCCCUUACACCAAGCAGUAAAACCAGAGCGCGGUCAAGAGAACCAAGGAACUGUAGCCAUCAGAACCUAGUGUACCAGGGUGACCUGGCCCACACUCCACCACUAGUGUGUCAUGACCAAAUAGGUUUUAUUAAAACCAAGGAGUUUACUGAAGAUCAUAUGAAUCUCCUUGUGCAAAUCACAAUGCACUGGGUCCCAGCAGUGGUCCAAUCAAGUAAAUGCAGGUGUGUGCAACCGGGACAUUCAGCUGGAAAAACAGAUGUCAGAAAUACCUGACAGUAGCCAGUCUUCAGAAAGAGUCUUUCAUUGGCAUUGUCAGCUUUCAGACUUGGACAGAUCCAGCACCUUUGUCAAGUGACACUCCUGGUUACUUAAGCAGGGAAUUAAGACCACUGAGCAUGUGUGAAUCACACACCAACAGGCCUUGAUCUUUGGGAACUUCCACAGCUAAUCAGAGAGAACACUAGUGGGCCAACUGGAUGAGAUUUGAUAUUUGGCCAUUGACACAAACACGGUCAGAUUUUCAUUGCGCGAAGCACUAAGAUCUAUGGAAAUGUGAAAAUGCAGACUUCAUGAUUCCACAGUUGUGUCUCAGCUUCUUCGUUUGUGUUUUUUUUUGUUAACUUGUGAAACUUGUUUUUGUUUUAUUGUUUAUUUUCAAGUGAGUCUUUAUUUCAUCAUUUUUAAUUAGGCACAGUUUCAUUAUGAACAAGAGUGUCAGUUUCCAACAUGUCACUCGUGUUUGUAAUUUAUAAGCUGUCGUGGUUCUAAAAACUAGAUGGGCUAAUGUCGCCGGGGGUAUUUUCUGUCUCUGUUGGUGCUUCAUUUACACAGUGAGGAUGGGCAGAGCUUCCUCUGUCCUCUAAGGGGAACAUGUCGCCUGUGCUAAGUCACAUGACCAUAGUAGUGGCUUUUUCAUCCUGGUGUCUUGGAAAGGAUCUUUCACUUCUGCCAUUGCCGAUGACUAAACCAUGAAGCAGUGUUUCCUGAUCUCAGUAUUUUAUUAAAUCCUCCCUUCCCAGGCUAUUUCAGGUUUGUGAUUUGACAAAACAAAUAAACAACAUUGUACCAAAA